CUUCAAUCACAAUCUAUCUUAUUACUCUUAUAUAUCUUCUUCUUCUGCCAUCCCCUUCUCCCUACUCUCUCUCCUCCUCCCGCGGCGGCGCCACCAUAAACCACCAUCCACAAAGUGGCUGACCACCAACAAAAAAAAUGCCAAGAAUUCGACAAAAAAAAUUCUACCAUUGCUUGCCAAAUUUCAAAUGCCUUCCCACAACUCUAACUGUCCCUUUUGAAGAAGAAGAAGAAGAAACAGAACAACAAACUAUCAAGAACUUCAACUCUGUUUUCAACAUUCCUUCUGAUUCUACCACUUCUAAAUCUCUCACUAAUUCCUCCACAACUACAGAAGAUAAUAACUGCAUUUUCUCUCCUUUUGAAGAUUCAGAUUACUCUAAUUAUACUGAUUCCAAUAAUAUUCCAGAUUUCUCAAAUGUGUUUGCUUCUCAACGUUUCUUUUUCUCUUCACCUGGUAACUCCAACUCCAUAGUUGAUUUUCCGGCAACUCUUUCGCCGGAAAAACGUGAAGUUGUCACUGGUGGUGUUGCCGUUCAGACAUACUCACCCGACCCGUAUUCGGAUUUUCGACGAUCAAUGCAAGAAAUGGUGGAAGCUCAUGAGUUGACGGACGUGAAAGCGAAUAAUGAAUUCUUGCACGAACUUCUCCUAUGUUAUUUAAACCUUAACCCUAAACAUACUCACAAGUAUAUUAUUGGUGCUUUUUCAGAUCUUGUUGUUUCUCUUAUGUCUUUAGAUUAUUCCGGAAAAAAGAAGGAAGGUAUUGCUAGGCCGUGAUGAACAGAGUCGAUGUAAAAAUUGGAUAGGUUCGAUAUGUAUUAAUUAGGGCUUGAUAAUGUUAUCAACUAAAUUCAGCGAGUUGUUCCAAAUGAUCAAAAUGCC